GGCCUUGUCAACCUUCAAUUCUCUGACACUUUUUUCAUGAAUAAUUAUCCCUAGUAUCAAUAGUUUCACCAUCAACCAUCAAAAUUUCCAAACAUCAUGGAUUCCAUAAUACCCAAUACCACAUUUCCAUACUUAGACACUGCUUAUCGAAAUGUCGCAGAUUCACAAGUGUCUAAAGGAGAAUUGAACAGAAAUCGAUCCGGAAAUGAUUCAGAACCACACUUGAAGACAAUCAGCAAGAUUUUCUCAUCUGGAGAAUGGGAUUUCGAUCUUUCCAUUAUCCAAGAAUCUUAUGCCCAAUUCGUUGCUGCCUUCACAGGGCACGAUGAAGUUGCUUUCUACACUUACUCUGAUAUAUCUUCAAACACCCCAACUGCAGAUAAUUUGCAAGAAUGUGGCAUCAUCCAUGCUCGCUUGACAGAAGAGCCUAAGAAUGACCAAAAAAUUCACCCAUCGAUAUCGUGGAGAUUCGUUCAAGAUAUUCCCCGAUCAAUGGAAUCUUUCGAUUUCGCUUUACAUGUUACUAAGUCUCGUGAUAUGAAAUCACUCUCCGAUAUAACACCUUUCACAAUCAUCAUCACUGUGGAUGAUGCAUCCGUCAUUGAAUCUACUCUAUCAUAUGAGCCAUCUUUACUAUCUGAUUCGGAUGCCCCACAUAUAUUCGGCGCAGCCGUUUCUUAUUUACGAUGUUCCCCAUCAAGUGAUGCGGAAACCGUAGCAAACGAAUCGGUUCUAAACUUCCCUCCACUAAUUAGGCCACCCUCGUUUCUUGAGGAUGAAAGAGGAUCAGAUCUUCAAAACCAGAAAGCUUUGUUGCAUUCAGCCUUUGAGCGACGGGUAGCUCAACAUCCGAACCGAGUUGCGUUGGAUUUCCUGCAAUCUCAAGAUUCAGAAUCGAAAUCUCCCGUCCGAAGAACUUUCACAUACUCAGAAUUGAAUGAGAUCACAACGAGUCUGGCUGAGUAUAUAUUAUUAUCCCGAGGCGAACAAGAAAGUGGCAACUCUAAAUUUGUACCUGUCCUGCUUUCGACUUCCGCCGAACUUUAUAUCGCCUACUUGGCAAUUUUGAAAGCAGGCUUGGCGUUUUGCCCUCUCCCUAUUGAGGCACCUCCCCAGAGAUUGAAGGAUAUUCAUGAAGACCUGAUGCCUCAAAUCAUUCUGGGUUCGGAGCAAUAUCGUCAUAAACUUUCUGCUAUUUCAUCAGAUUCUAUGAAGUGGAUCGAUAUUGAAUCUUUCAUUCACAUGAGAACCCGUGCCGGAAUCGCCACUCAAAAUCCUCCGUCGUUCCGUGUGGUAGCAAGUCCUGAGGAGAACGAUGUUGCAUAUAUAAUGUAUACUUCUGGUUCAACGGGUAAGCCAAAGGGUGUACAGAUAACUCAUCUCGCAGCAGCUUGCUCCAUUGCAUCGCAUGCUAUCACUUCAAAAUUGCCACCAUCACCGGAAGGAAUCCCUCGAUGGUUUCAGUUUGCGGCCCCAACUUUCGACCCUUCGCUGAUGGAAAUCUUUGUGACGUUCUCAACAGGAGCCACACUUUGUUCUGCUUCACGUGACCUUACCUUGACAGAUUUUGAGGCGGUUGUAUCUGAACUACAGGCAACAGUCAUGAUGGCUACACCCAGUAUGGCAGCUCUCCUCCGUCGCUCCAAGCUUACUUCACUCAAAAGCUUGUGGACCAUGGGCGAGACUGUUCUGCGAAAGAACAUCGAAGACUUUGCGCGUUCGCCUAGUCCAGAUCAGUCAUCUGAACUCUGCAAUGCAUAUGGUCCUACAGAAGCAGCUAUUAAUUGCACAUUAAUUCCUAAUUUUCACCCUGAAGACAGAGGGUCUAUCAUUGGGCCAGCUCUACCAACAUGCUCUCUAUUUGUUGUGGAUACAGGCUCAGACUCUAUCAAACCCGUUCCCAAAGGAUUUGCCGGCGAACUUGCGAUUGGAGGGCCCCAAGUUAGCGUUGGCUAUCUGAAUCGACCAGAACAAAAUGCCAAAGCCUUUAUCGUCAGUCCUGAAUUUGGAAGACUGUAUCUUACUGGAGACAAAGCUCGUAUUGUUACUGAUCGUAGUGGUCAACAUGUUGUGGAGUUCCUUGGACGUAUGGAUACUUCCCAGGUCAAGCUCAGCGGCAGAAGAGUUGAUCUUGGAGAGAUCGAUACAGUCGUGGCGAGUUCCGCAGGAAUCAAAGAGGCGGUAACAGUCUCGUAUAAGCGAUUCGCUAAUCAGGCCGGAAGCGAGGAAGCUGUUUGUUUCAUCAUUCUUGAUGCGGAUACCACCAAGGAAGAUGUGGAAGCUAGGUGUCGUGAGAACGCAGCCCGACUUCUACCAUCAUACAUGUGUCCCUCGAAGUAUUUCGUUUUAUCUAAGAUGCCAAGAUCUUUGGCUGGCAAGAUUGACAGAAAAUCUCUUUCUGCGAUGACAGAAGCACUUUGGAAUGAGGACAGCUCAAAGCCUUCUAACUUGCUUCAAAAUGGUGAAGACGCCAGCUCGAGUAAUUCUCAAGGGCAAGAUGAAAUUAUGAGACUGAUUUUAAACCUACUGUCGGAGCUAGUGGGGUCCACUGCGAACUUGACUUCGAACACUAACCUGUUCUCUCUUGGUAUUGACAGUUUGAAAGCUAUUCGAUUUUUGCAAUUGGCCAGAGAUGCAGGCAUCACAGAGCUCAGUAUUGCUGACGUACUCGGAGGUGCAACUCCCCUAAAGUUGAGAAACAUCAUCGUGGAGCGCCGCAAGAAUGCUACUGGAGAGACGCCUACUCAUGAAGUUAUAGGCACUCCUAUAUCUUUUGAUGAUUUUGAAGCGAAGCAUCGACCUAUCUGCAGCGAAAGUCUCGGGAUAUCGUCGCAAGAUAUCGCUAAGAUUCUGCCAACUACUGCUACACAGUCCGGAAUGCUAGCAAGUUUCUUGAGAAGUUCAAAGGAUAACAAGCAUUAUAUACACAACUCUGUUCAUCACAUCAACCCAUCUGUUGAUAUUUCCCGACUCAAAGAUUCCUGGAUAGCGACUGUUCAACGCCAUGAAUCAUACAGGAUGGUUUUUGUCGCCAUUGAUGAUGCUCUAUCGCCAUUUGCACAAUGUGUUCUGAAAGAAUCAUCCGCCUUGGAUGUGCCAAGCUGGAAGGAAGUAACUUGCGAGUCAGACGACCCUCAGACUGUGGUUAAAUGCAUACAAUCAACACUACGAGAUGCCGAGAACGAAAUGUUGUUGGAUAGGCCACCGUAUCAGAUGACUCUUAUCCAAUCACCUACCAAAACUUUCUUCACUUUUAGCGUUUUCCACGCUAUUUUCGACGGUGCUUCUCUACAGCUUUUGUUUGAUGAAGUCGACCUCGUAUAUCGUGGAUCAGAUAUUCCCAGAAGAACCGAGAUUUCUACUGCGGUGAGCAUGCACUAUGGUUCAGAUCCUACUCAAACAAUCGAGUUCUGGUCCUCUCAGUUGAAAGACUGUGAUCCUGUUCCUUUCCCAUCACUCACUGGCCUGAAACCAGAAACAAUGACAAAGCUCCCAUUAACCUCCUCAAUCAAAGCAUCAAUUGGUAUAAAUGACUUGCGCGAUGGUGCCAUGAAUUGCUCUACAUCACCAUUGAGCAUCCUCCAGGCUGCCUGGGCAUUGAUUCUAGCUACUUAUAAGGAUUCCAUCCACAGCUCAACGUUUGGUAGUGUUAUAUCUGGCCGAUUGGAUGAAGACUCAAAAGUUUGCAUGGGUCCCACUUUUACUACAGUCCCAAUCAAUAUUCCUGCUCAAUUACUUGAGUCAAAAGCAACUAGCGUCUCCUCGAUAUUACACGCGAUAGCCAAGAUUAAUGCAGAAUCUCUAGCUCAUCUCCAGAUACCAUUGAACUCGAUUGUGGCACCAAAUGGAGGCUUGUACUACGAUACUCUCCUUGCAUUCCAAGACUUUUCCACUGGUACAAACCAUUCAGAGUUGUGGUCAAAGGUUGACUACCCUGCAAUGGCAAACGAUUUUGCUGUUAUGAUUGAGAUCUGGCCCGAGGUAGACGGAUCGCUUCGUCUACGAGCAACAUAUACAGAUGAGUUCCUCAAUGAUGAGUCUGCUACCCUGAUGUUGCAGCAAUUCAGUGAUCUCAUCAGUUUUGUCAUCCGCAAUCCCAAGAAUUCUUACAUGGAUGGUAGAUACGCUACUGCUCCAUCGAUAUACCCUCAAGUCAUGUCAACCGAGUUAACCGGGGCCAGCGCUCUUUUGCAUACCGAGUUUGAGCGAAACACAAAGAUGAACCCCGACGAUAUCGCACUCAUCUUCAUGAAUGACUUCACGGCUCAAGAUCCAGCAGCAAACGUUCAAUGGACAUACGCUGAGCUUGACCACAGGGCCAACCGACUUGCGUCUUAUCUAGUUCAGAGAUAUGGUCCCUUGGAGGAUAAAGUUGUUCCCUUUUCCAUGUACAAAUCACCGGAACUCUACGUAGCUAUUCUUGGUAUUUUGAAAGCUGGUGGUGCUUGGUGUCCAAUUGAUCCCACAUUCCCCGCAUCCCGCCGACACGACUUAAUUGUCAGAACGGAUGCUAACAUGCUCUUGGUAGCAAACGAUACUGUGAGUCAAGACGCUCAAGCCAUUCCACAAGGUGUUGCUUUGAUCGACAUAUCAGAGAACAACGUCACAAAUUCUACCUUCAGCCUUGACGAAACUAAGCCGUCAAGUUUGCCCAUCAUCAGGAGUAACUCGAUGGCAUACUUGAUCUGGACUAGUGGAACAACAGGUCUGCCUAAAGGUGUCCAAGUUCACCAUAGCGCCGCGGCCACAGCUAUGCAAUCUUUGAAAGAAAGCAUACCUGUAAGCCGUUCCGGCGCAGUCCGCUGUCUCCAAUUCUCGCAACCAACAUUCGAUGUCUUCGUGCAAGAUCUUUUUUACACCUGGGGUUUGCGCGGAACUGUUAUCGCAGCACCCAAAGAUGUAAUGCUUGGUUCCUUCCCAGAUCUUGCCAAUAUAACCAACGCUACACAUGCCCAUCUCACUCCUGCUUUCGCAACAAUCGUAUCUCGCGUGCAUUGCAAAACCCUCGAGAUCGUGACUAUGAUUGGAGAAGCCUUGCCUCAGCCUGUCGCCGAUGAUUGGUCGCAGAACAUGCUCGCUUAUAACACUUAUGGUCCUGCUGAAGUGAGUGUUGUAUCCACAGUUAAACAAUUCGGCGGUUUUGAAAAUCCGUUCAAGAGCACAAAUGUCGGCUUACCAUUACCCUCCGUGGGCGUCUUUGUGCUCAACAACGAGCGAGUCGUGAUGAGACAUGGUGUUGGAGAACUAGCUCUAUCAGGCCCACAAGUAGCUCGAGGCUAUUGGAAAGACCUAGCCAAGACGGAAGAAAAGUUUCAUUGGAACGACAGUUGUGGAGCCCAUAUAUACAUGACUGGAGAUAUCGUCCGACAACUUCACGAUGGCAGUCUAGAGUUUGUUGGACGCCGUGAUGAUUUGGUGAAGAUCAAUGGAAUGCGAGUCGAGUUGAGCGAGAUCAGUUUUGCGCUCAGUCAUUGUCAUCCGGAUACGGAACAAGCGGUUACCAUGCUCAUGGCCCGACCAGAUCGUCCGACAAAGGUUUUGGUGACGUUCUUGUCAACCCCAAGCAUUCCUGCUCAAGACUUACUCAUUACCAAUAAUCGUGCAGUCGAGGUUGCCAAAGCCGCCAUGGCGGUAUCGAAAGCAAAUCUUCCCGAGCAUAUGAUCCCUAGCGUUCUCGUGGUGCUAAAUCGGAUACCGGUAACCGCAUCUGCCAAGAUCGACCGCAAAGCUCUAUCUGGUGCUUACGAAGCUCUAGAUCUCGAGUCAUGGGAAAGUAAUUUCACAUCCACCCAGGAUACAGUCUGGACAGACGAGGAAGAACGACUUCUCGAGCAUUUUGCCACCUUUCUGGGAACCGAGAGCAAGAACUUCCGUUCAAAUAGUCGACUCGCAACCUUAGGUUUUGAUUCAAUCGCUGCUGUGCGUUUCACAGCUAGAUUGAAGGCUGCCGGCUACAAGGUUUCAGCUGCACACAUGCUACACUGUCAAACCAUCGCGGAUCUCUGCAACCUCUUCAACAAACCCGCUUCCAAUUCUACUUGUCUUGAUUCCUCCUCCAGAUUACUCGAUGUAUUCCACCGCAAAUGGUUCCCCAAGGUUGCAGAAACCUCUGCAAUUAGCGAUAAAGGAUUUGCCGUCUGUCCGACUUUGCCACUCCAGGAAAAUCUUCUCAGUGAAACUUUCCGCAACUACGAGUACUAUUGGAGUAAUCACUUUUUUGAUCUCUCUGAUGACAUCGACCUCGAGCUUCUGAAAGCUGCUUGGUUCAAGGUGGCUCAGAAUAACGAAGCUCUCCGUAUUGGAUUCUUGCCAACAGCUUCGGUGUCUGUAAAGGCAAAUUCCGGCUUUGGUGCAUCGACGUUCCUUCAGUUGAUUUAUGAGAAGCCAUCGGUAGACUGGUCUGUUGUGAAAGUUAUGAACGAGGAUUUCGCAACAAGCGCAAAAACUCACGCACAACAAAUCGCUCGUAAGCAUCAAAGUGGUGCGUUUAUCAAUUCGCCAUGGGCCGUCGUUGUAUUCGAACGCGAUAAUGUCAGGACAAUGAUGCUUUCCAUCCAUCACACCAUUCACGAUGGACCUUCUCUAAAGUUCAUCAUCGACGAUCUUCACGCUGCAUAUCUCUCUCAGGAAGGCCUCCUCAACCCACGCUACCAAAUCCGAGAAGCCAUCGCACUUUCCUUUAUGCGAAGAACUAGUCCACAGGAAGACAUGGUAUUUUGGAAAAACAUUCUCAAAGACUUCGUUAGCGAAGCAGACGACAGCGUGGAAAAAAUGGCACCAGAAAACAAAAGUCGAACCUAUAAUACCAUAUCCAUUCCUCUCUCAAUUCCAAUCUCCAAGCUCCAAAAUACAGCGCAAGAAUUCCACUGCUCGUCUGCCAAUUCCAUCCUCCGCGCAGCCUGGGCAUGCAUUGUAUCCGAUUUCCUCGAAACGGACCAGAAAAUCGUCAUUGGUGAAGUAUUGUCCGAACGUCUGGCUUCUUCUUCUCUCGAAGAUAUCAUCGGUCCUCUCGUAUCUUUGACUCCUGUCCCCAUUUUCACAUCCGGAACCGCGAGAGAAAUAGUCAGCAAGCACGAUUCCAUGAAUAUCGCCGCCUAUAGCCACCGCGAUGCCAAUCCAGGCAUGCUUCGUAAGCUCAUCGGAAGACCCAAAUCUCAGCCGCUCUAUCCCGCCGUCUUUGUGUUCCAUCCCCGCAACACCGAAAGCGAACAUGAACACGAGCUCUGGAACGAAAUCGAAGAUUUCCUAGGCCUGAACGUCGAACACGAUCUCACGCUCAAUGUCGAGGAAAACGCACACGGCGGCUUCGAUCUUGUCGUCUCAGUUGAAGCAGGAGUAUUGGAUAUCCCCGGCGUGGAAGUUCUGACCAAGCAAUUGGACGCCUUGGUCACCGCUAUGAUUUCACAUCCUGAUACUCCCAUUCAAGAACUCACCAACUAUUUCCCCACCGAAUUAAUCGCCAUUUCCAAGUACCGCGAGAUGAAACUCGAUCCGGUCGUCGACCUGAACAAUCCUCUCUGCUGGUUCGAGCACUGGGCCGAAACCCAUCCCGACUGGGCCGCUGCCGAGAUAGCAGAAUCGAUAGGCCAGAAUUCAAGUAUCAUUCAUACUUGGAGCUAUGGGCGAUUGAAUCAUGAGGCAAAUAGUGUAGCGACAUUCAUCGCAUCACAUGGUAUUCACAAUCGUAUGAUCGGGAUGUGUCUAGGCCGUACACUCACAGCGUUUGCCGUUACGGUCGGAAUCUACAAGUCUGGAAAUACGUAUCUGCCGAUCGAUGAAUCGUUACCAAUUGAGCGAAAGGCGUUCUUGUUGAAAGAUAGUAAUUCCGCUAUAUUCUUCUCUGAGGAAACGGUCGAUUUUGUUCCUGAAGGAUGUCUCUCUGUAAACGUCAAUUGCGAUCAAUACCAAUCCGACAGCGAGGUCGCUUUGAAAGUCCAAAAGAGCAAAGACUCAGUCGCUUAUCUUCUUUAUACUUCCGGAUCAACAGGUAAUCCUAAGGGAGUCUUGAUCAGCUGUGGCAAUCUUACUUCUUUCUGCGAAGCCCAAUCUGAAUUCAUCUGCGAGUACGUUCCUGCGACUCGGGUGCUCGGCGGCGUUGGGAGAUUCCUCGGACUGGCGAGUAGAGCGUUCGAUGUGCAUGUUGCUGAAAUGUUUCUGGCCUGGCGACACGGUAUGUCGUGUAUCACUGGAGUUAAAUCUAUGUUACUAGAUGAUUUACCUAUGGCGUUACAAGAGUUGAAAAUUACACAUGCGGGUUUUGUACCAUCGCUUUUGGAUCAGUGUGGUUUGAUCCCGAGUGAUGUUCCUUUGUUGAGGUACUUGGGUGUGGGUGGUGAGAAGAUUUCUCAACGAACACUUGAAACAUGGGGUGAUUCGGAGAGCGUCACAUUGAUUAAUGCGUACGGACCUACCGAGGCCACAAUUGGUUGUGCUUCAUCUCCAAUUGUGAAUUCAAAGGUCAAUAUGAGAAAUGUGGGACGGCCUCUAGGAGACACUGUUGCCCAUGUACUUAUUCCAGGCACGCUCACUUACGCCAAGCGAGGAGUAGAGGGUGAACUUUGUCUGACAGGAAGUCUUGUCGGUAUUGGUUAUCACAACCGAGAUACCGGCGCUUUUGUCGAGAACUUUCACGGCGGCAGAAUGUAUCGCACAGGAGAUUUGGUCAGAUUGAUGCCCGACGAUACGAUUGAAAUUUUCGGCCGUUCGGACGAUCAGACGAAAAUUCGUGGUCAGCGUCUUGAAUUAGGUGAGGUUUCUGAAGCAGUACGCGCGUUGUUACCAGCUGGAAGUAAUGUAUCUUCUCUCAUCACGAAACAUCCGGAGCUUUCCAGAAUGCAAUUGAUUUCAUUCGUUGCGAGCAAUACUAAAGCUGCUGGAAUUGAUGAGAAGGUCGAGAUGUUAGAUACUUUCGAGCAAAUCAACGUCAGUAUUCGUGCAGGCUGUAGAGAAAGACUUCCAGGCUACAUGGUUCCGGAUGUGGUUAUCCCGAUCAACUUCUUGCCUCUCGCUGCCAUGUCUGGAAAAGCAGACGUGAAACAACUCAAAGCUCUCUUUGCUUCCAUACCAUUGAGUCACUUGUUAUCUGCAGAGAAAGGACAAUCAACGGGGAACAAAACUGCUACUGUCCGUGAAUUGGACGAGCAAGAAAUUGCUGUGGUUGGGAUACUUAAGAGUGUUGUUCCAGCCACCUCUGCAGAUUUUACUCCCUCGACCAACAUCUUCGAAGUCGGUGUGGAUAGUUUGGUGGCUAUCAGUCUGUCGACCUUGAUGAGAAAGGCCGGAUACACAUGCAGUGUUGCCGAUGUUCUUAGUAUUAGCACUGUGGAAGAAUUAGCUUUAUUACCACGUGCAGAUACUACGCCCGAACAGGCCGCUAAAAACAAGGAAAAUGCCCUGAAGAAGAUCGCUCGUGCCGAAGCUGCAUUCCGAGAAAGUUCCUUAGGUAAAAAAUCCGGGAUGAACGUUGAGACCGUCCGGCCUUGUUUACCCGUUCAAGAAGCCGUUGUAGCUCGAUCAUUGAACAAAGAAGCCGGAGCUCUAUAUGUGAAUCACAUCACUUUCGAGUUGGUUUCUGAAAUCGACAUUUCAAAACUCUCCCAGACCUGGAAAUCUUGCGCAACUGCCAACGAAAUUUUGAGAACUUGUUUCUGCCAAAUUAACGAUGAUAUCUUGCAAGUUGUACUGAAGAAUGAAUCUUUCGAUAUGCCAUGGGCAGAACACAUCUACUCCAAAUCCAGCAAAUAUUGCACUCCCGACAAGAUGCAAGAUCUAAUUUCCCUCGACAUCAUGCAAAAUAUCGAAAACACACCACCCAUCCGACUCAACAUCUUCACAGAAGGAAGCUCGAAAUCUAUCCUCUUGAUCUCCAUGCAUCACGCGCUCUACGAUGCCGAAUCCUUGGCUGUCCUAAUGCAAGACAUCCUCAUGCGCUACCAAGGAAUCCCAACCCCCGAGCGACCUUCCGCCGGCGCACUAGUCAAAUAUGUCGCUUCGCAAGAUGAACUUGCAGCGAAGAAUUUCUGGGUCAAGAAAUUGGGAGAUUACAGCCAUCCACCCCCUGGCAACAAUGACGCCACCGAAGAAGAAGAGCAAAUCGAAGCCCAAAUCUCCACACGAAUUCUGAAAACCAAUUUGAGCGCGCUCGAGGCCUUUGCGUCCAGAUUACACGUCACGCUUCCUUCGUUAACGCAAGCAAUUUUUGGUCUUGCGAUGGCGAAAGUGCUUUCGAUUAAUGAUUUUGUGUUUGGUCUUGUGUUGUCUGGACGUACAGUUCCCGUUCCUGAUAUCGAGAAACUUCUCGCGCCGACUAUCACGACGGUUCCGCAACGUAUUGAUCUCCGCAAAAAUGAUGCCACGAUUCUGGAUAUCUUGACCGCGCUUCAGAAAUCUUCAGGCCAGAUGUUGCAGUUCCAGCAUAGCUCUCUGAGAUCUAUUCACAAGUGGGUGGAGGCCGAUCGUCCGCUCUUCAACUGUCUCUUCUCCUUCAUGAAGACAGGAGAGGAAGAUGCGGAUAAUGAUCUUUGGAAAUUACUCGAUAGUUACAUGCCCCCUGAUUAUCCCUUCGCGGUAGAAUUCGAAGCCAGACAUGCAUCGAACGAUCUCGUGAUUCGCGCGGGAUACACCUCUGAGUUUGGUUCUGCGUCGACAGUUGACAAUCUCCUCGAAAUGAUCGAGGUCCUCAUUGAUACGAUUUCCAAAAACGAUAAUAUCUCAAUCAAAAGUCUUGGUAUCCAAUCCAAUCACAUCGCCUCAUCAUCUGCCGAAAUCCUCGACGAUGGCGAAGAAUGGCCCGAAGAACAAACUAUCAAGAACGUCUUACUUGGCCUUGGCGAUUUUGCAUCCGGAGACGUUUCUCGCAACAGUACAUUUUUCCGUCUCGGUAUCGAUUCCGUCAUCGCCAUUCGUUUCGCCAAGGAACUCCGCAGAGUCGGACUCCAAGUAUCGUCUUCGGACAUCGGACGAUAUCCCAGCAUUGCAGCUCUAGCGCGCGCUGUUUCGAGCAAGAGCAAAACUCACGCUGUCGCUAAGCCUGCUGCUGUCAAGCCGUCAAGCUUGUUCGAUCAACAUAAAGCGAGUAUCCCUCUGUUAGCAGACGAUGAUAAGAUUACGGAAAUCUAUGCUUCGACGCCUCUACAAACAGGUAUCUUAACCCAAACCGUUGCCACGGGUGGAAACCUCUAUCUGCAUCAUCCCGCCAUCAAGCUCUCCGCAAACAUCGAUAUUGCGCGUCUAAAAAAUGCGUGGACUUCGGUAAUCGAGACGCACGAUAUCUUGCGCACCACAUUCCACUAUUUCGAAGGAGCAACUCAUCCAUGGGUCGCCGCCGUGCACGCAAAACCGGGCAUUCAAUGGAUCGAAGAGCAAGCUUCUGGAUGGAUCGACAAAAGCAUCGAAAAGAUAAUCGAGUCGACCAGUUUCCCCACUCCCGAUUCCUUCUCGCAUACGCCUCUCAAAAUCACAAUUCUCCACUCAUCGUUUAUGAAAGUGCUCGUCUUGUCCAUUCAUCACAGUCUCUACGAUGGGUUUUCCCUCCCCCUCAUUUUCGAUUACCUAUCUUCAGCUUACUCGAGCGGCAUUUCCAACCCCCCGACGACUCCCUUUUCCGAAGCCGCAAAACUCAUUACCGAGCGUCAGGGAACAAGCGUUGAGUUCUGGCUCAACAGAUUAGAUAAUUAUCAAAGCAUUUCCCUCCCCUCCUCCACUAUCCCUGCAGAAACUACCUCGCUAGCACAGAUGACCAUCCAAAUGCCGGUCGCGGAAAUCCUUCUCCGCUGUCAGGAAAUGAAUAUUAAUCUGCAAUCUGCCGCUCUGCUCGCAUAUGCCAAAACACUCUUUUGUUUCGUCAAGCGUCGUGAUAUCGUGUUCGGACAUGUCGUCUCGGGUCGUUCAUUGCCGCUUCCAGAGGUAGAACAAAUUCUCGGCCCGCUGUUUAACACAGUUCCGUUCCGUGUUGUAUUGGAUAAUCCGGUACUGGGAAACCAAGAUUAUGCGAGGCAGAUUCAAGAUGUGGUGAUUGAGGGACAGGAAAAUCAACAUGCGUCUCUAUCUACGAUCCAGAAAUUUUGGCGGCAGAAAAAUGUUUUCACGGGUGAUGCGUUGCUGGAUGCGCUGUUUGUGUUCCAGAAAGUUGGCGGGGUGGAUGGUGCAACGAAGGAAAAACUCUGGUCUGUGAUGGAGGUGGGCGAGAGUCGUGAUGCGACGGAGUAUGGGUUGAAUGUUGAGAUUGAGCAAGGUAUUGAUGAAGUGAUUAUUAGUGCCGGGUCUCCUGCCGGACGCAUUAAUGCUGAAGAUCUCAAUUUGAUUUGCAAAACGUUUGAUCAAGCCCUGAGGGACAUUCUCGAAAACCCGCAGAGAAGUGUCGUUGCAUAUCCAGAGGGGUUACAAGGUUUGCCGCUCGAGAGCACGCCCAAGAGCAAGAUUGAAAAUGCAGAGGAUCAUAGCGAUAUCGCGGAUGCGCCUGUGCUGGAAGUUGUUCGUGCAGCUCUGGCGGAGGUGGCGAAUUUACCAACAGAUUCCGUGACGUUGCACACGAACAUCUUCUCCUUGGGUGUCGACUCAAUUGCAGCAAUCCGUGUAGCGUCUAUCUGUCGCAGACGCGGUGUACCAAUAAGCGUUGCCGAUAUCCUGCAAGGAAAUUCUCUCGGUGGAAUUGUCCGGAUUCUCGUCGCAAAAUCAAAAACCAGCACUCAACAGCAAGAUGCAACGACAGAACUUCUCUCUCCCGAAUCCAAAGCAAAUGCGCUUUCACUACUCAAAUAUCCCAAGGAUACCGUCGAGGAAAUUUUACCAGCGAUGGCAGGUCAAGAAUACCAUUUGGCUAGUUGGCUUCAAUCCGGAAGAACGUUCUACGAGCCCACGUGGGCUUUCCAAGCUCGCGAGAAAAUCGACACAGCUCGUUUGAGAACAGUGUGGAGGGAUCUUCAAUUGAGGCAUCCAAUUCUAAGAACCGUUUUCACAGCCCCAACACCCGAGUCCUCAUAUCAAAUCGUACUCAAACCCGAGAUCAUCAACGAAGGCAAUUUCACCGUGAUCCCCACUCGCUCAGCAGACGAAGAUUUAAUCGCAGCUGUCAAACGUCAAGUGCACCACUGGGCCCAACGACCCUCUACACUUUUCACACCUCCCAUCAAUCUCUGCGUCGUGCAAACCGCAAAAGCAGAUGCUGUAUUAUUCAGAAUCCAUCAUUCGCUAUACGACGCAUGGAGCAUGAUGGCACUCAUCAAAGAAGUCUGUACUCUGUACACCCAACCCUCAUCCCUCUUACCCGACACCCCAGACUUCAUCUCCUUCGUCAAACACACCCACUCAUCCCUCUCCUCGGCCUCCUCGCUCGCCGCGCAAAAAUCCUACUGGGAAUCCGCGCUUCGCGCCGCUCAACCCACAAUUCUCAAACCUACCGCCCAAAGCCCCGCCAACGAAAACGACCAAGACAUGACCCAAACAUUCCUCUGGCUCAAAAACGCCAUCCCACACCUCCGCGCCCUGCACACCCUCGCCCGCGCCCACGCCACCAGCAUAAACACAAUCCUCAUGCUCGCAUUCGCGCGGGCCCUCGCCCGUCUAACCCACACCACACACCCCACCUUUGGAUUUUUCCAAGUCGGACGCUCGAGCGACUUUGACGGCGCGGCCACCGUGCUUGCUCCCACCGUUAAUCUACUCCCUGUCUCUGUUGCUGUUUCCGGAGGCGCGGAAACGGACAUCCUCCAGGACAUCCAGAGAGAUAUGAGUCAACGGGUUGCGUGGGAACAGAGUCGCUUGCGAGAUGUAGUGCGCUGGACACAGGGACGAGGUCAAGGUACCGAGACGCGCAAAUCAUCGCAACCAUUAUUCAACGCGAGUUUAAACCUCCUCUUCCACAAACCCGGGGAAGAUUCUCCUCCCCCCUCUUCUUCCCCGCCCCAAUCCGCAGAACUCCUCGCCCCCCUCCCCAUUGGGGUCCCGACCGAUUUUUCCGCACCCCGCAGGAUCUCCGGCGACACCCCCGUCCAGAAUCUCGACGCCGCGUAUCUCGCGCCGCGAAAUGUGUUUGUCGAUGUAGGCGAGGGCGCAGACGACUGUGUGGAUUUCGGAGUCAAGGUCGAUCGGGUGUUGAUGGAUGAAGUGGAGAUCCAGAAGUUUGUAGAGGGAAUCGCGAGAGAAGUGGAAGGGAUCAGGCGCGUUUUGGCGCGUCGUGCGGUGUAAAAUCCUGUGUGUAUCUUACAUCUCAUCCAUCUCGCAUCUCGAAAUCUUUUUUCGAGAUAUGAGCGCAACGGAAAAUUGUUAUGUGGAUUUUGGAGUCAGGGUACUAGGGACUAGAUAGAUUGGGUUUUGACAGAUGGACUGGAGAUGAAAAGAGUUUGUGGAGGGGACAGCGAGGGAAGUAGAUGAAUGAUAUUCGAGGGUUGUAACGAAUACA